AUGCCUCGUUAUGUGUUUCUUACAGGAGGCAAUGGCUUCAUAGGGUCACAUAUACUCGCCGAGCUCCUGAACAAUGACUUCUAUGUUAGUUGCGCCGUUAGAACUCAAGCUAAGGGUGAUAAGAUUCUAGAGGAUUUCGCUGCUCAAAAAUCUCAGAUCGAUAUUUCCGUUAUACCGGACAUCAUUUCACCGGACGCUUAUAAUGCAGCAUUAAAAAGACAUCCCUUCGAGGCUGUAUUUCAUACAGCAUCCCAAUUUUCAUCCAAUGCGGAGGGCGAUAAAUACCAAUUAUACCUCAAGCCCGCGAUAGAAGGGACCUUGAACCUCCUUCGAACUGUGAAAGAUCAUGCUCCAAGCGUGAGGAGGGUCAUCUGGACGGGAAGUUGUGCUAGUGUGAUUGACUACGGCGAUCUUGUCUCUGUAGACCACCCUAGGGUAUACGACGAGAAGGAUUGGAAUCCGAUAACCUUGGAGGACGUCAAGCAAGGCAGUCCAUCUCAAGCCUACAUAGCAAGCAAGAAGUUUGCUGAGCAGGGAGCUUGGGCGUUUAUGGAACAAGAGAAACCCCACUUUGAGUUGGUGACAUUAUGCCCUCCUGCAACAUUCGGUCCUCUACGACAUUCAAUCUCGAGAAUCGAAGAUCUGAAUGAAUCGAAUGACAGGCUGUGGAAAUACUGCUUUGACUCAACAGAGGAUGCCCCUAUGCCGUACAUCCCUGUACACACGUAUGUUGACGUCCGAGACUUAGCAAAAGUCCAAGUCCAAUCGAUGAUUGUACCAGAGGCAGCAAACCAACGCUUCAUCGUAUGUGCUCGCCAGUUCAGUUACCAGGAUAUAUGUGAUAUUUUGAGAUCGCAUUUCCCCGAGCUGAGAAAACGCACACCUCUUGGAAGGCCUAGUAUCAGCUCCCUGCCUCAAGGUGCAUAUUCCGUCGAUAAUACCAAGGUGAGAGAAAUACUGGGGAUAGAAUUCCGGAGUCUCGAAGAGACAGUGUUGGAUACUGCACGGUAUAUGUUACACGUUGAACAGGAUGAAAACCGAACAGUGUGA